CUAGGAGGAGAUAUACCAGGUAUUCCAGUUACAAUGCCUGCAUUGUCACCUACAAUGGAAGUGGGAACCAUUGUAAAAUGGUUGAAGAAAGAAGGUGACACAGUCCACCCUGGUGAUUACCUAUGUGAUAUUGAAACUGAUAAAAAUGUAAAUUCUAUGGACACAGAAGAAGAGGGAAUUUUAGCUAAAAUUUUAGUUGCGGAGGGUACCAGUAAUGUGGCAAUCGGCUCUUUAAUAGCUCUUAUAGUUGAGGAAGGAUCUGAUUAUAGAAAUGUACAGAUACCAGCUGAAGCAGGGCCAUCAGCGCCCUCUAGUGGGGAAGUUACUGUACCUGAUGCGAGUACUAGUACAGCACAAGCUGCAGAUAACAAAUCAAGUACUCUUUUAUCACCUGCUGUCCGAGUGUUAUUAGAACAACAUAAUUUGAAUAUUAAUGAUAUAAUUGGCAGUGGACAUCAUGGUAGAGUUCUUAAAGGAGAUUUGCUAAAGGUGGUUGCUGGUGAUAAAACAUUAAUCAGAAUAUCCAAACCUGCAAGUAUAGAUGCAAAACCAAAAUCACCAGGUGACAUUACAGUAGCUAGUCCUAAAUCAACUACAAAGCCAAUAUCUACAACUCCUCCAACACUGCCCUCAAAGAACACAUUUACUGACUUAGAACUCAAUAACAUGAGAAAGACGAUAGCCAGGCGAUUACUUGAAUCUAAGCAAUCUACACCUCAUGCGUAUGCUACCGUAGACUGCCGGAUGGAUGAGGUUCUGCAGUUGCGUAAAAAUCUUGCUAAAGAAAAUGUAAAAGUUUCUGUGAAUGACUUCCUAAUUAAAGCCAUAGCUGUAACUUUAAAGAAUGUUCCCGAGGUCAAUGCCACAUGGGCAGGUGAUUCAGUUAAAUUUCUGCAAAAUAUUGAUAUAUCUGUUGCUGUGGCAACACCCAAUGGCCUGAUUACACCGAUUGUUAAGAGUGCUGCAAGUAAAGGUCUGAUGGAUAUUUCUAAUGAUAUUAAGGAUUUAGCAAGUCGAGCAAGAGAAGGCAAACUACAGCUCGAUGAGUUUCAAGGUGGUUCGUUUACGUAA